ACCACCACCACCAACAUCAACAACAACAAUAACAGCAGUGAAAAAGUGAGAGAGCAAGAGAGAGAAAACAGCAGCAGCAAGAGCAGCAGAAAGAAAACAAACACAAAACAAACUAUACCUACCAACUACUGGCUAGUUAAUUAAUUAAUAAAUAAAAUGACAGAGAGUGCAUCACGACCAAUGAUGCUAGUCAAUGAAACAGCACAACUGUUAAUUGGAAAAAAUUCCUUUAAAAAUCAACCAUUCAACGUUGGUGAUGAUGAUGAUGAUGAUAGUCAUAAUGAUGCUUAUGCUUAUGGUGAAGACAAUGACACAGUUGUUAUUGUAAACAGUGAAGCUUAUAAUAAUAAUAACAAUAAUAAUAAUAUAGAUGACAAUUCUGAGCAUAUUGAUGAUAUUGACGAUGAAGAUCACACUGACGGUGGUAUCCAUCACGAUUUGAGUACAGUGCAUGAAAUUGACUCACAAAGUAUAGAAUCUGAUAAAACUUACAAUACACUAUUUUUAAUACCAAUGAGAAAGAAAAUACCACAUUCUAAUGGUGUUAUUCACAUAUAUCGUAGUGAUGAUAUAGAAAACAACAGCGGUAAUAAUGAUAAUGAUAAUAAUAAUAAUCAUAAUAAUAAUUAUCAUAAUCAUAUUGAUGAAGAAAAUGACGAAGUAAUCGAUGAUAUUGAUGAUUACAGUGCCGGUGAUGGACAACAAUUAAUGCAUGAAAUGGACAUUACCGAUGAAUCACUAUCCUAUACACCGUAUACACGUACUCAAAUCAAUAUACCCUUGAAAGGAGAAAAUCAAGUGAUUGAUUUAUCUCACAAGCAGCGAUCAAAUAAGAAUCAAGCCUUGUCUAACAACAGUCACAGCAACAAUAACUGGAAAGUGUUAAAACCGAGUAAAUCCAAGGAAUAUGUCCUGUCUGUAUCCCCGCGUCCACCUAUACCAAAAACACUACAACCAUAUACCCGUGGUAAUUAUCUGGUAAGAAAUGAUGCUUCGCAUACAAUGAAUGGAUUCCACAGUAAUGGGAAUGGAUCAUCAGCAGCAGGUGGGGGUGGUGGUGGUGGAAAUGCUGGUCCAUUUGAAUAUUGGACUAUACCAAGAAAUUCCCAGCCACAUUAUAAACUACGUGCUGGAGAGAAUACAGCAUUCUAUAUGCCUGGUAGCCUAUUUCUACACGAGAAAGCUCAAUCACGUUCACGUCGUAAAGGGCAUAGGAAUGUUAGGGAGAGAAGUGAAGCUCUACUGAAUGAAUCAGGACAUAGUACCGGGAGUAAACAUUCGAAUCGUCGUUUGGCUUCGAGAGCUAAUGAAAAAUCGGAAGGCAAUAAUAAUAACAAUAAUAAUAACAGUAAUAAUAAUCAUGAAAAUAAUUCAGCAAGUAUGACGGAAGCAGAGAAACGCAGAAGUGAACUGAAAGUAUAUUUUCGAUACUCCCGUGGAACUUUAAGUGAUCCCUUCACUUAUGAUUAUUUUAAAAAUAAAGAACUUCUGAUCCAGCUGCAAGCACGUUGUCGUGGUUGGAUAUCAAGGAAUAGAUCUUCACGUGACAGAACUGAGGACGAUGCAGUGAGAUGUAUUCAGAAAAAUGCAAAGGUUAUGUUUGAUCCCUGGUUCCGUUUAAUGCUCGCCUUGAGACCGUUAAUUCGUACACAUCGAGCAGAAGAGGAAUUACUCUUCCUUAGGAGUGAGAUCGAAAGGUAUAAAGCUUUGGUUCGUAUGCUACGAUUUGAAAAUGCUGAAUAUCAAGCAAGAGUGGCUAAUUUACUUCACUUGUUAGAACAAAUGAGCACGAAUUCCUCGAACACGUCGAAUGUUCAAAGUUUAGUUCAACAAAUAUCUGAGGCACUGAGUAAAAAUCAAGAGUUUUGGCAGUCAUUAGCGGCAGACAAUAAAGCGCUGAAUGCUUUGGCUCCACAGAAAUCCGGUAGUGGUCUUCUUGAAGUAGAACAAGCUCCACCUAGUGUUGGAUCACCAAUGACUAAAUUGAAACAUGACGCUGAAUUCUAUCGAGAUCAAGUUGAACUACUACGUGAAGAAGCCGACGAACAACAACUACGCUCAGCUGAGCAUUACAGAAACCAAGUUCAUGUUCUCAGUGAACGCGUUGAACAAUUACAGCAUGUUUUAGCUUUGGAAUCCAGUAAAGUAGAACGAUUGAGCUCUGAACUGGAAGAGAAAAACUCUAAUGAAUCUGAAGCCAAGGCAUAUGUACGCAAUCUUGAAGUUAUGGUGAAUCAGUUGAGUAAACAGCUAGAACAAAAGAGUAAGCUGAUGUCACAUGCAAGUGUUAAUGAUGUCAAUGAAGCUGUUGAAAACGAGGCAAAAGAUUCAAAAACACAAGAGUUAAUUACUGAACUACAAAAUGAGCUGUCUACACAUCGUGAGCUAGUACUUAAACUCAGGGAAUAUUUAUCCUCUCAUCCUGAAAUGACAUCUCAACUUGACAGUAAUACACAAGGAGCACUGGAACUGCUGAAUUCUCCGAUUAUGCUUGGAAAAACCAAUAUGAAUCAUUUACAAAGUCAACAUUUCUUUGGAUCAUCUAGAACUCAAUCUCGCGAGGAAGUGAACAACGAUUUAACGCCUAGAAGUAAUACAACACAACAGUUAAGUGAAAUGAAACGACAACUUCAGCUUCUACACCAACAACUAAUGGAGUCUGAAGAUACUGUGAAACAAGAAGCAGAAAACAGAGAAGAAUUAGAAGCUGAAAACUUUAGUUUAUAUGAUAAAAUUUCUAUACUGGACAGACAAUUACGUCAUAUCCAAGAUGAAUAUGAUGAAUUAGUGAAGAAAGAAAUGAUGAAUCAGCGUACACUGAAAGAAGUUCAAGAACUCCUGGAUGAUGAAUCCAGAAAAUGUACAAAACUUGAACAACAGAAUAAAGAACUGGAACAACAAUUAGCUGAACUGCGUGAAUACACUGAACCAGAAGAUGAUAUAGUUGCUAAGGAAUGGGAAUCAAUGAAAUCGAAACUACGAGCUGAUGCAAUGUUUUACAAGAGAAGUUUAGAUCAACUACGUGAGGAAUAUGAACAAUAUCGUAUUGAUCAUGAUCCAGAAGCUAUGCAGAGACAAUUAACAGAAAAAGAUGAAAAAUUGAAUCUACUGGAGAAAGAAAAACAACAAUGGCGUAUGGAAUUGGAUAUACAGAAUGUAAAAUUACAAAAUGCUACUUCAUUAUUAGAAGAUACUGAAUUACGCCUGAAAAUGUUGAACAGAGAACGUACAGCUCAAAUGCAUCGUAUGUCCCAGCUAGAAACAGAACGAGAUGAACUAAUUCGACAAACAGCAACUAUUACUGGUCGUGCUGCAGCUGACAGAGAAAUGGCUGCUGCUAAACUCCGUGAAAUGGAUGAAUUACGCUCAGAAAGAGAUAUGCUUCGAAAAGAGUUGACAGAGUGUAAACAAGCACUUGCUGGUAGUACAGCUGAAAAUACAGCUGAACGACGCCAAUUGCAGGCACGUUUACGUGAAAUAGAAAUGCACAAUGAAGCACGUAUUUCAGAUAUUAAAGCUGAAUUGGAAAGAGUACGUGAAGAGCUGGAACAGACACAGGUUGAACUACAAACAACUCAAGCCUCCGAGAUGGAGUUACGCAGUGUAAAUCAACAUCAGAAAUGGAAAAUUCAUGAACUGGAAGAUCAAGUGAUUCACUACACGAAUCGGAUAUCUGGCCUAGAACGUCGUAGUAUCGACCUGGACGCUGAAUUAAUACGUGCUAAGGCUGACUUGAGUGCAUCACGUGAAACAGCCUCGUUGAGACGUGCAUCGAAGACACGUAUGGCUGAUGAAUGGUUGAAUUUGUUGAAUAUACCCAGUAGGCAGGAUGAAACGGAUGAAGAGGAAUACGAUAAUGAUCAUAAUGAUGAUGAUGAUGAUGACGGGGAUUAUCACAGGAAGGUUAUCAUGUUGAGACGACGAAGUAGACAAGAUUUGAAUGACAGUAAAGAUGAAUUGUUCAGACAAAGAAUGAGAAUAGGUCAAUCUGAAAGUAACCUGUUGAAAAAUGAUACUGCAAUGUAUCAAUCAAAUCCCAACCUAAAAAAUUCCCGAUAUCGAUCAGAGACUGUCUUAUCAGCGAUUGAUCAACGUCAGCGUAGACAAGCAGCAGCCGCUGCUGCUACCGACAAUUUAACCAAUCGGUUAUCAUCGCAUUCUAAAUCGACUGGAAUGUUCAAUUCAUUGAAAUCUGUUAAACAACACAAUGAUGCGAUAAAAGAGAAAACGACCGAUGUACAAGAGGAGGAUAGUGAAGUGGAUAAAUAAUGAUGACGAUAACAAUCAACUACACAAAUAACACAACACCUCCUUUUUGUACAUAAUAUACUACUUAUAUACACAAUCAAUCCAUGAAAAUAAAGAGAUUAUUUUGAAGACAAUGGUCAAACAAUUUAUCAGCGUAUAAAACUGAAGCGCACACUCACAACAUUCCAACAACCAGGCUGAACAACAGGCCAACCACUCUCGAGAUAGAUAAAUAGAUAUUUGUGUAAAAAUGAUUCCUUUUCCAAUUGUCCUUUUUUUGUUUGUAUCCGAACUGACCAUUUCAUCAAAUUGCACUGUCUUUCCUUACGCCGUGUUCUUGCCUUGUCAAAUCAAUACUAAUAAAAAUUAACUCGCUUCUAUGCUCAACAAUAUAAAUAUUUAUCGACACACAUAUAUAUGUAUCAGACAUUUAUUAUUACUUUUCUAUUUGUCCUUUUGAUAACCCAAAUAAAAAAUAUAUAUUUAUAAAAAUAACCGUGAUAAAUUUUUAGUUUAGGCCGUUGACCGACGCACAUUUUCACUAUCUCUUUGAGUUUGUCUGUUUUCUUUUUUUGUGUGUGUGAUUACCUACGCACGCAUGCAUCUAUCGAAAUGUAUUCAGUCAACCGAACUUAGACCAGUAUUUAUCUUUAAGAAAAAUCUUAACUAUUCAUCACCCUUAAUUACUUUUACUACUUCUUAUCCACAAUGAAUUUAAAUUAUCCGCCUUUUUUAUGUGUUAUGACAACGCCUACGCAUUGAAUAGUUUAAACAAACAAUAUUUAUAGAUAUAUAUACAUAUAAACGCGUAUGUGUUACGUUAUUUGCUGGGAUAGCUUGUGUUUGAAUGAGUCAAUGCACACGAAAAUCAACACAAAUUGUGGUACAAAUUAAAUUGUGAUCAUUUGAAUUUAAAUUUGGAUUAUUUAUUUAUUUACUAAAUUAUUUAUUUGUUUAUUUAUUAUAAUUAAUUAAUCUUUUCCAAAAAUUCGUUUUAUUCAUAACAAG